GCGGUGAACACUUCGCUGGGAGGCCGGCAGUCUCAGGGGUGCCAAUAUGUAAAGCAGCUGGCGGCGCUGGGCGGGGCCUGGGCGCGAUGCAAAUGAAGGAGGCGGGGCCUGCCCGGGGCUCCGCCUCCCUCCCCCGCAGCUGGGGCCAGCGGUGCCAAGCGCAGCUGGACGAGCGGCGGCAGCUGGGCGAGUGACAGCCUCAGCUCCGCGCGCCGCGGCGGCCAGAGCCGGCGCAGGGGAAGCGCCCGCGGCCCCGGGCGGCAGCAGCGGCCGCCUCCUCGCGCGCCUCCUGGGCCCGCAGCCCGCGCUCCCGCGGCCCCGGGGCCGGCACCUCUCGGCUCCCGCUCCCCGCGCGCAAGAUGGCUGACCCGGCUGCGGGGCCGCCGCCGAGCGAGGGCGAGGAGAGCACCGUGCGCUUCGCCCGCAAAGGCGCCCUCCGGCAGAAAAACGUGCACGAGGUGAAGAACCACAAAUUCACCGCCCGCUUCUUCAAGCAGCCCACCUUCUGCAGCCACUGCACCGACUUCAUCUGGGGCUUCGGGAAGCAAGGAUUCCAGUGCCAAGUCUGCUGUUUCGUCGUGCACAAGCGGUGCCAUGAAUUUGUCACUUUCUCCUGCCCAGGCGCUGACAAAGGUCCAGCCUCUGAUGACCCCCGGAGCAAGCACAAGUUUAAGAUCCACACAUACUCCAGCCCCACGUUUUGUGACCACUGCGGGUCACUGCUGUAUGGACUCAUCCACCAGGGGAUGAAAUGUGACACCUGCAUGAUGAACGUGCACAAGCGUUGCGUGAUGAACGUCCCCAGCCUGUGCGGCACAGACCACACCGAGCGCCGAGGCCGCAUCUACAUCCAGGCGCACAUCGAGAGGGAAGUCCUCAUCGUCGUCGUAAGAGAUGCUAAAAACCUUGUACCUAUGGACCCCAAUGGCUUGUCAGACCCUUAUGUGAAACUGAAACUGAUUCCUGACCCCAAGAGCGAGAGCAAGCAGAAGACCAAAACCAUCAAAUGCUCCCUCAACCCCGAGUGGAAUGAGACAUUCAGAUUCCAACUGAAAGAAUCGGACAAAGACAGAAGGCUGUCUGUAGAGAUUUGGGAUUGGGAUCUGACCAGCAGGAACGACUUCAUGGGAUCUUUGUCGUUUGGGAUUUCCGAACUGCAGAAAGCCGGUGUUGAUGGCUGGUUUAAGCUGCUGAGCCAGGAGGAAGGCGAGUACUUCAAUGUGCCUGUGCCGCCAGAGGGAAGUGAAGGGAAUGAAGAACUACGGCAGAAAUUCGAGAGGGCCAAGAUCGGUCAGGGGACCAAGGCUCCAGAAGAAAAGACGACCAACACCAUAUCCAAACUUGACAACAAUGGGAACAGAGACCGAAUGAAACUGACCGAUUUUAACUUCCUGAUGGUGCUCGGGAAAGGAAGCUUUGGCAAGGUCAUGCUCUCAGAGCGGAAAGGCACAGACGAGCUCUAUGCCGUGAAGAUCCUGAAGAAGGACGUCGUGAUCCAAGAUGACGAUGUGGAAUGCACGAUGGUGGAGAAGCGGGUGCUGGCCCUGCCCGGGAAGCCGCCGUUCCUGACCCAGCUCCAUUCCUGCUUCCAGACCAUGGACCGCCUGUACUUUGUGAUGGAGUACGUGAACGGGGGUGACCUCAUGUACCACAUCCAACAAGUUGGCCGGUUUAAGGAGCCUCAUGCUGUAUUUUACGCUGCAGAAAUUGCCAUCGGUCUGUUCUUCUUACAGAGCAAGGGCAUCAUUUACCGUGACCUCAAACUUGACAAUGUGAUGCUGGAUUCAGAGGGCCACAUCAAGAUUGCUGAUUUUGGCAUGUGUAAGGAAAACAUCUGGGAUGGGGUGACCACCAAGACAUUCUGUGGCACUCCAGACUACAUCGCCCCUGAGAUAAUUGCUUAUCAGCCCUAUGGGAAGUCCGUGGAUUGGUGGGCAUUUGGAGUCCUGCUGUAUGAAAUGUUAGCUGGCCAGGCACCCUUUGAAGGGGAGGAUGAGGACGAGCUCUUCCAGUCCAUCAUGGAACACAACGUGGCUUACCCAAAGUCCAUGUCCAAGGAAGCUGUGGCCAUCUGCAAAGGGCUGAUGACCAAACACCCGGGCAAACGUCUGGGUUGUGGACCUGAAGGUGAACGUGACAUCAAAGAGCAUGCAUUUUUCCGGUAUAUUGAUUGGGAGAAACUUGAACGCAAAGAGAUCCAGCCCCCGUAUAAGCCAAAAGCCUGUGGGCGAAAUGCUGAAAACUUCGACCGGUUUUUCACCCGCCAUCCACCCGUCCUAACACCUCCCGACCAGGAAGUCAUCAGGAAUAUUGACCAAUCAGAAUUCGAAGGAUUUUCCUUUGUUAACUCUGAAUUUUUAAAACCUGAAGUCAAGAGCUAAGUAGAUGUGUAGACCUCCGUCCUUCAUUUCUGUCAUUCAAGCUCAACGGCUAUCGUGGUGACAUCUUUUUUUCGUUGCAACGUUGCAUCCAUGUUUUAUUUGCUGACGAGACUAGAGUGACCAUGUUUCAGAACCCAAAUGUCCUCAGGUCGUUUGGAGCAUCUCUGUGAGAUGGGAUUAUGCAGAUGGCAUGGCGAAAAUGUUGCCGCAUAAUUAGCACAUUCGCAAAGUCCUCUUACAAUCCACGUUCGCCAGUGUGUCAGCUCAGUAGAUCCAGUGGGGACAGAAAAUGCCUGCUUUCUCUCCCUUUUUUCCAGCGCUCCCAUUUCACACGUUUUUCCAACUCCAAGCAUCCAGUCUAGAUUAUUCCGACUAAGCAAGCCGAUGAUCGGACGCUAGCAGUAUUCUCUCCCUUCCUGCCAGACCCAGAGCUUGGCGUGUAUCCAAGUAUAUGGUGGCUUUCACUUAGAGGGAAGCCCUCCAUUCUGCCCGGUUUGGAGGCACUGUGAGCCGCAUGCUAAAAAUAAAAUUUUAUUUGUUAUUUUUUUUAGACUCGAAGUUAAGACGAUUAUCUCGGCCCUUUUAAAAUGCCGAGAGUGUGCUUUUAGACAGUCUCAAUCUAAAAGUUCCUCAAGGGGUCAGUCAAAAGGCAGCCAGCUCGGGCACCACCUCCAAUGCUGUGAUUUCUGAUUCUCUGCAUCCCUGAUCACCUUCAUCCUCAAACUACUUGCAAAGGGCAUUUGCACCACUCCCUGAAAAGACAUGGUCACUCUAGCAAGGUCCCAGAGGACCGUGGUUUUACAUUACAUUUCAAAUUUUAUUUGCUUUGGGGUUUUAUUUCUGUUGUUGUUCAAACGCAAAAAGAAAAAAAAACCCACUUUGUUACACAUGCUUUGAAAUAUGUGUCCCAGUGUUAUUAACCACAAUGACCUGCUUUGAUUUGUCGAGAAGGCGGCUCUGGAGCCUGGCAGACCCAUGCCUGGGUGGAAGGGAUUCGCCUAGGUUUGUGGCUGGUUUUGGGAAACUAAAUAAGCACUCUGAGAAAGACACCAUUUCCUGAAACAUAGACAGUCGUAUUCUUCACUUUGAUGUUGUUUUGCAAGAUGUUUGUGGAAAUGUCCAUUUGUAUCUGGAUAUCUGUUCUGUGCCAUUUUUUUUCUAGCAUCGAGAUACAAUAAAAAAAAAAAAAAAAAAAAAAAGAAGAAAUGCUAUUUCAAGAAAACGGCUCUUUGAAAAACGUGGACCCAAACUACAAAGCAGGGCUCCUCAGGCUUUGGGACAGAAAGGAACUAAACCCAGAUUUUAACCUCAGCCCCAGGGUUCAGCUGGUCAGAGAGGCCAGGGCUGGGGACCAUUCAGGGACUUCUGGUGGCCUGUAGUGGGAUGGGAUGAGCUGGCUGAGGCUUCCAACGAUAUCGGAGCUCAAAGCCAGAGUCAAGUUUAGGGGCCAGCUAGGAGCAUGGCUGGAGAUCUUGAUUUUCUUAUCAAAAUCACCACUCCUCCCAGCUUGGACUAAAUAUUCUUUCUUGCAAGCAGCUUUGUGAGCCCCCAGAAGCCAAGGAAAGCCCUCGGGUGGGAGAAAUCCUGUUUCUGCCUGAGUGGACGAGGACAGCAGGGUGUUUCCCAUCCUUGCCUACUGCCUCCUUCUAUUCUCAGGCAGCCCUACAGAGAAUUCCUAUCACAAGUCGAGUGAUUUCCAGAAGCACCAGGGCUUCUAAGAGACCAUCAGGAGAACUUUAAAAACUUGACUAAUGCCGUUGAAGUAAGACUUCUCAUCUUUAAGAAAAGCGUGCUUUGGAUUUGCACAGGCAGAGAGGCCCCUGGCUCGCUCCUGCCUGCCCUCCGCGUCUCCUUGCUGCAGGACCUCGUGUGUGGCAAACUUGAAGUCUCAGCUGAUGAGCUCAGGAAGUUAGAGAAGGAGGGAAAUUGGGGCGGAACCCUCCACCCCCAUUUUAUUGUGGGGGAAACUGGCAUCUGGAGAGAGGGAGUGACUUGCCCAAGGUCAGUCAGCUGGGGUGCAAACCCAGGUUUCCUGAUUCGGGGCAAGACUCUUUCCACUUUAUAGCUGGCAUCUCUGAGCCAUGCCCACCAACAGGCAAGUUAUUUGAGGUCCUUCGUCUGGCUGUUGGGUCACCAGGUCUUUCCUUGGACAUGCUGUCAGGAAGAUAAAAACCAUACAGAAGCAUUGGGCCACUGACAGAUUAUUUGAGACAACUUUAGAGAACAAUGUAAGAUAGGUAGAUAGGUAGCUAUAGAUAGAUGAUAGAUGAGGUAGAUAGAUAGAUAGAUGAUAGAUAGAUAAGAUGAUAGAUAGAAAAAAUAUAUUGUAUAUACACACCGCACUCUACAUUUUCCAAAUUGCUGCCAUUAUUUUUUCAAAAUAGUUUAAUAGUUUGCAGAAAGAGGUACUCAAGCCAAAGUCUUUGUUCCCCUAACACACCUUGCUGAGGUCUGGUCAACAAAGGCCUCUGUGGAAGUGAGGGAUCCUUGGUCAGAGUUCCUGCAGUUUCCUUUUCUAUCAAUGUUUUAAGUACAAGGAAGACCAAGAAACAGAGCUUUCAGCAUACGUGAUCUCCGGGCAACACUUUGCAAAUUUAUUCAGGAAGAAAGAUUUUUCCACAUCAUUGUGCCAUCGCCCAUGUAUUCCACUCUCCGUUCAUCUGGGAAGCAUUCGUUGAGCACCAGCUGAGUGUCAGGCUCUCUGCUGGGUGUCAGCAGCACAGUAGGGAGCCCUACAGAUGCCGCUGCCGCUAAAUAAGUGAUUGAAAGCAUGAUGUGAUCUAGAGAUAACCAGUCUCUGAGUUAGUCGGCGGAGCCUUCUUACAAGAAAGAAAAAGUCAUCAGAAGUCUUCAGGGCCCGUCUUUCUCUCUGCAGACCAUAGUUUGAGGCUGAAGGAGGAAAUGCAGCAAUGCUCUCUUGACCCGGAUUUCUGGGGCAUUCCUCGAGUGCAAUGGGGGGGGGGGGGGGAAGGACAGGGGCUAGAUGGUAGCGGGGUGGGUUUCUUCCAGAAGGCCAAAGGCACAGUCUCCGUGCUUGAACAGACCACAAAAUCACCAAGAUUUGAACAGAGACAGAUCCCCAUAGAGAGAGAGGUAACUGGUUUUACAGCUCAGUUCUGAGGCCUGAGUCUUGCUUCUUAGAGUUUAUCAUCCUGCAGGCAUCCUUUCUAGCCCUCAGGGAGAUGCAGUUCUGCCAGCACACUGCCCCCAGCUUGACCAUGCCUGGCUCUUCUAGAUGAGACAAGCUGAGAUCUUCCAAAAGAACUUAAAUUAAGAAAGAAUUUUUAAAAAGAAAUUACAUAAAAUCCAAAGAAACCUAAACACAGUCCGUGUUGGCCAUGGCUAAUUGUCUGCUGGUAUGCCAAGGAUCCCUCUUGGCAUUUCUGAGACUUCUCACUCACCUGUUCCUCUUCUAAGGAAGGGUAGGACCAUAAUGGCCUUCUUGGGGAAUCAAUAGAAGGCCAGUGGAAUUGAUAACCCUCCUUGCAUGAGUGAUGCUAUGCUCACGUGGCUUCAGAUGCUAUCAACCCAAAAAGGAGAGGCCCAUCCUCUCCCACCUUCUAGGGUAAAAUUCAGGGGUAUUUCCUAGGGGGAUCUGUCUGGAAGACAAAAUCUAGAAUGGCAGGUUCUAUUUGGACCAUGUGGCUGUUUGAAGCACGAGACCUCACCAGCACAACAGAUGCGGAAGAGCUUUGAAAGCUGGGGCUCGUGGUAAGGGAACCUCCAGAGAUGCCCAAAGGCAGGGAAGGCCAGAUGGGGUCGAUGUUCCCAGGAGAGACCUGAAAGGAGGCAAGUGCCUGCCUUCUUGGCACCCACAUACCAUCGUGGAGCUCUCAGACCUUGAAGGGACCUAACACAGUUCAAUCCAUACUGCAGCUCAAAAUGGACAGAGGCCAAUGUGAGGGACCCAUAGGAUCAGUGGGAACAGUUUCAUUGCUUUGCUAUAGAGGGUAGUCUCUGACUCAAGGACAAGUAUAAAUUGGAAAAAAGCAAAGAGGCUCAUCCUUAGUCAAGUCUUCGUUCAUUGACUGGUUCAUUCACUCAACAAAUAGUUGUGGACAGCCUGCGGUGUGCCAAGCAUUAUUCUUGGCACUGGAAAUACCAUAGUGAAGAAACAGGCAAGGACCCUCCCUACCUGGAGAGAGGCAAUAAGUAAACAAGACAAUGUCUGAUAAUAAGUAAGUGCAAUGAAGAUGAUUAAAAGGGUGCCAAUGUAUGACUUGUAGGUCCAGAGAGGGAUGUACAGGCACUUCCCUUAGGAAGAGGUGACAUUUGACCUUUCUCUGAACACAGGAAAUAACACCAGCAGUGCCUGGGACAGCACAGGACAGGCUGACAUCAGGCAGGACAAGACAAAGCAGAGUGGGUGGGACAUGGCAGGAGAUGGCCCACCAUCUAGAAAACAGCUCCAUUGACAUCUUGUGCCCACUGCAGUCUGGCUACACUUCCUCGAGUGUGUUGCUUAUACUCCCCGCUUCCCAUUCCCACACCACAACACAUACAACACAAGAGUAAGUGGCAACUUCCUAGGGACACUUUGCCCAUCUCAAAGGAGCAUCCUAAAAGAAGGAAUUCUUGUGGGAAGUAUUUGGCGAAGAGGCGUGAGCCCAGCAAUGAGAAACCCUACCAGUCAGCGCCCAUUAGGAGCUAAACCUAAAGCAUGGGUGGCAAUUGGCCGAACUCCAGCAAAUCAGUCAGUACUCACUGAACCUCCCCUCUUUACAAUCUGACCCAGCUCUGGCUUCUGCCAGGCAAACUCUGGCCUUCUUGGCUAUCCAGUAAUAAACCAGCCAUCAGGCUUUCCCCCCAGUCAGAGGGGCUGAGGUGAAUUAAAAGCAGUGUGGUCAAGUGAAGAUCACUAACCCACUGUACAACCUUGGGCAAGUCACUGUAUCUUCCUGCACCCCAGUUUUCUCUUAUGUCAAACCAUGGAGGGUGAGGACUCCAGCUCCCCUGCCUUUGGGUGGUGAGAAUUGCAGGGGACAAUAGGCUGAAGGACCCUGAGGAGGUGAGAACAUCAUACAGCUGUGAGAUGUUGUCAUUAGCCCACAUUCUGACGUUCCCUGGAAAAGAUUGCCCCAAACUGUGGUCAGUAAACUGCAAUUAAUGUCCCCCCCCA